CCGCGCCACGCCACGCCACGCCUGCCAGCGAGCGCUCACUUCCUCCUCUGUCCUCCCCAGCGCGAGUCCGGGGCGCGCAGGCAAAGCGCUAAGGAGACGGCCGGGUGCACAGGGUCUUCAGACUGGCUUUGAACUCACUAUGUAGCCCAGGCUGGUCUUGAACUCCCAGCAAUUGGCUCAGCCUCUCGAGUGUUGGGACAGCUUAUUUGGAAGCUACCAAGACAUUGCUCAUCUUAAAGAUCAGGUGACCAGUGACAACAUCAUGUCAUCGAGGCCAUUUGAAAGUCCUCCUCCGUAUAGACCUGAUGAAUUCAAACCAAAUCAUUACGCACCAAGCAAUGACAUAUAUGGUGGAGAAAUGCAUGUUCGACCGAUGCUGUCUCAGCCAGCAUAUUCCUUUUACCCAGAAGAUGAAAUCCUUCAUUUCUACAAAUGGACCUCUCCCCCAGGAGUGAUUCGGAUCCUGGCUAUGCUCAUUAUUGUGAUGUGCAUUUCUGUGUUUGCCUGUGUUGCCUCCACGCUUGCCUGGGACAGAGGCUAUGGAACUGGCCUUCUGGGAAGUGGUGUGGGCUACCCUUACGGAGGAAGUAGCUAUGGCUAUGGCUAUGGCUAUGGUUAUGGCUACGGUUAUGGCUAUGGAGCAGGCUACACUGAUCCAAGAGCGGCCAAAGGCUUCCUGUUGGCCAUGGCUGCCUUUUGUUUCAUUGCUUCACUGGUGAUAUUUAUUACCAGUGUUAUAAGAUCUGAAUUGUCCAGAACAAGGAGAUACUACUUGACUGUAAUAAUAUUGAGUGCCAUUUUGGGCAUCAUGGUGUUUAUUGCCACCAUUGUCUAUAUAAUGGGUGUCAACCCCACUGCCCAGGCAUCUGGAUCUAUAUAUGGCUCACCGAUAUAUACCCUCUGUAGCCAGUUCUACACAGCUGCAGGUAGUAGCAUCUACGUGGACCAGUAUUUGUAUCACUACUGUGUGGUGGAUCCCCAGGAGGCUAUUGCCAUUGUACUGGGGUUCCUGAUUAUGUUAGCUUUUGCUUUAAUAAUUUUCUUUGCUGUGAAAACACGAAGAAAAAUGGACCGGUAUGAUAAGUCUAAUAUUUUGUGGGAUAAGGAACGCAUUUAUGAUGAGCAGCCCCCCAAUGUUGAAGAGUGGGUUAAAAACGUUUCUGCUGGCACACAAGACAUGCCCCCACCUCCAUCUGACUAUGUGGAGAGAGUUGAUAGUCCCAUGGUGUACUCUGCGAAUGGCAAAGUGAACAGCAAACAGUCCUAUCCAGAAUCUUCCUAUAAAUCAACACCCUCAGUGCCGGAAGUGGUGCGGGAGCUGCCUCUGACCUCCUCUGUGGACGACUUCCGGCAGCCUCGGGCCAGUAGCACCAGUAACUUAGAGACACCUUCACAGAGGGCCCCCAGGAAGGGAAAAGCCGGCAAGCCCAAGAGAGCAGAGCAAGACCACUAUGAAACAGACUACACGACAGGUGGCGAGUCCUGCGACGAGCUGGAGGAGGACUGGAUCAGAGAGUAUCCACCCAUCACUUCAGAUCAACAAAGACAGCUCUACAAGAGAAAUUUUGAUAGUGGCCUGCAGGAAUACAAACGCUUACAAGCAGAACUUGAUGACGUCAAUAAAGAACUUUCUCGUUUAGAUAAAGAACUGGACGACUAUAGAGAAGAAAGUGAAGAGUACAUGGCCGCUGCAGAUGAAUACAACAGACUGAAACAAGUUAAGAGAUCAGCAGAUUACAGAAGUAAGAGAAAUUACUGCAAGCAGCUGAAGAGCAAACUAUCACACAUCAAGAAGAUGGUUGGGGAUUAUGACAGACAGAAAACAUAGAGGGCAGAUGCCACGUUGCUGGAAAAAUGAAGGUGUCUCUGUAGUGUUCUCAGAAGACAAACGACUGGACCAGGAAGCCAAAACUUUGUUAUCAUUACAGAGUUUUGGUAGCAUUUGUAUCAUCAGUUUCGUAUCAUCAGUAUUGAACCAUUUUAUAAAUAACUUUUGAUAAUCACUUGGGCUGAACACUCCAAUUAAAAAUUUUACAGUUUAAACAUUGGUUUCUGUGUUAACAAAUACUGGGCCAGGCUUUAUGCUGUACUAUUUGUAAUCCUUGCACUCUAGGAGGCUGAAGCAAGAGGACUGCAGGUUCAAGCCCAGCCUGGCCAACUCAGCAACUUAGUGAGACCUGUUUCAUGUUCGUUUGUUUGUCUGUCCAUCUGUCUGAGACAAGGUCUUACUGUGUAUUCUGGGUUGGCCUGGAACUCACUACGUAGCUCAGGUUGGCCUUGAAAUUACAAAGCUGGGGAUGUACCUUAGUGUGAAGGCUCUGAGGUCAGUCCCCCACACUAGGAGAAAAAGAAAGAACAAAAUACUGCUCCGGGGUUUAAACCUUCACACCCUAGACAGUGGAUACCUAAGUACUUCUUAUCACAUAAGCAGUCUCACUAACCCUACUAACAACCCUUCAGAUGACUUACUUACAAUUUCUUUUCAGAUAAGGAACCUUGGUCCUUGCUAUAAGUCUCUGAAAUGAAACUACUUGUUUCAAGCAUGCAGUUUUGGUUAAGUCUGUUUUAUAACUCUUCUAAUAAGGUUUCUGCUUCUCAUAUUUUAGCUACUGUGUAUACUGAGUUCUACCAGCCCCUGUAUUUGUUACUAUAUUUAAAUGGUUAAAAAAGGAUUUUUGUUUUAUGUUACAAUGGAUAAUUAAGAUCAUGUAAAGUUGAGAUCAUGUAAAAAUUAGAUGUGUGAAAUUUAAAGACUAUAAAUAUUUAAUUUUUGAAAAUCUAAGUUUAAAUCUAGUGGUUACAGUUUUGUGUAUUUUUAAAUACUUUUUAUCUUUUAUGGUUUACAUGUGUUUUUUAUAAUCAACUCAACAUUUUCACUAUAUCAGUAUCUGAUUAAAUUUAUCUUUUAAUUAUGACUUGAAUUAUAUCUUCCAGGAAUGUUCAAGUUUUAUAAAUGUUUUGUAAAUAUUAAGCCUGGUAUUUUUUCUGUAUACUAUAUCUACUUAACAUCAUUAAUAUUAAGCUGUGUAAUACUAUACUCAGGAGUUGUCUCUAUUUCAAACUAAUUUCCCAAUCCUUUCAUUUUAAGAAAGUGGAUGUAUGAAUGCUAUCUCAUAAAACAUCAAAUUAUUUUAAAUGGUGCUCCAUCUUUGGUUUUUUUUUUUUUUAUCUUUUUGAAACAGUCUUGCUAUGCUGUUCAGCCUGGCUUUGAGCUCAUUUUGUAGCCCAGGCUGGUCUGGAACUUGAAAUGAUACUCCUGCCUCAGCCUCCUAAGUGCUGAGAUUACUAGUGUGUACCACCAUGCCUGGCUUUCAUUCUUUUUUGAAAAGUGAAAAGUUUUUUUAAAGUCAAAGUUUUAUUACUAAAGUAAAAUUAGUUGAUAAUUCUGCAGUAACCACGGUAGUUGUGUCCAUCUAAUUUCUGAUUAAGACUUUAAGAAUCUUUUAAAAAAUAAUCUUUAAUCUUUAGUGUGUAAUUCAAACAUUUGAAAAUAUAAUUAUUUUCCAAAGAUAAACUUUAUUUUUUGAUACAAGGUGUCACUGUGUAGUUCAGGUUGGCCUUGAACUCACUAUGUAGCCUGUGCUGGCCUCAAACUCUACAGAAGUCCUCCUGCCUCAGCCUCAAAAGUACUGAGAUUACUGGCCUACACCACAAUGCCUGGCUGUCCAAAGAUCAACUUUUAAAUAAUGUUCCCAUGUAACACUGAUUCAUUUCUUCAAAUUGAAGAAAUUCUUAGUUUUCUACAUGUGAUACAUAGUGCAAAGUAUAUUUUCAUAGCUUUUAGAUUUAUAUCAAAUGGAAAGACUCUUGAAAUGUCUUCAUUAAGUUAACUUCAUUACGUUAAAGUUUUUAACUCCUUGUUCUUGGAAGUUUGUCAGUGUUCUCACAAAACAGAUAUUCUGCCGAAUGCAGAGAAGGAAAUAGAGUCAUAUGACUGUAAACUUGUGAUAUAAAAUUGGAUUUUGAAAUUUAAAAAGUGAGAAACUACAUUUUAGAUGUGGUACUUAUUACUAAAGAUUACUUUAGGAGCCAGGAUCAAGGCAUUUCUGUUGGUGUUGACAUUAACUCACUGGAUGUAACUUUGUAAAGCUAUGCCUCAAAUUAGUUUCCUAGUCUGGAAAAUAAGAGAAUGAGAUUCAGCUUCAGAGAUUAGAUUCUCUCCCAUCUGUCAUUUGUGGUUCAUGUGUCUCCAUUCUAUUUUCUACCAUGAAUUACUGUUCUGAAGAAUUUCUUAUGAAAACAUUUGGUCCAUCUUCUAAAAAUUUCCCUGAGUAAAGUGAUGCCCUAAUUCAUAAUUUUGUAUUAUAAAACUGGGAUCAGGAGCUGGAGAUUUAGCUCAGCAGCAUAAGCGCCUGCCUUGCAAGCGCGAGGUCAUGAGUUUGAUCCCCAGUACCGAUAAAAAAAAAAAAAGAAAAAGUAGGAUCUGUACUAUUUUAUUUUGAAAAAUGUAAAGAAAUACAGAAAAGUAUAAUGCAUGGACCUGCCACCCAGAAAUAAUUUGUUGUAUGUACUUUGUAUUUUUCAAAAUGCAUUUUAGUAUUUAUAAUAAAUAGUAAUAUUGUACAUAUAUACUCACACAUAUACACUUGGAACCUCAUUUAAUUCUUGGAAUACUCUUGACAUGUAACCAUUUCUUUUUCUCGGUUUUUUUUUUUUUUUUUUUUUUUGUCUUUUUCCUUUUUAUCGGUACCGGGGAUUGACCUCACGACUGCCUGCUUGCAAGGCAGGCGCUGAUGCCGCUGAGCUAAAUCCCCAGCCCCUUCUUAUUCUCGUUUUACAGAUAGGAAACUAAUGAUUUGAUAGAUUAAGUGGUCCAUUGUUGUACUAGCAAAUGGCAAAACUGCAGAUUGGAAACACAGUCUCUUCAACUCUUAGGUCCUAUGCUUCCACCCUAGGUAGGCUUUGUUAAUUAAUGGGCUGUAUAAUGUAAGAUCGCUCUGACAUGUAAAUAAAGUAUUCUGUUUUAAUGUUGAA